AUGAGAGGCAGGGGUGGAGUCCAUAUCCUGGACGAUGCUAUGAACUAUUUUGAGUUAGUUCUGGACCAGUGUCCGGUCGAUCAUCCAGACCAUGCGGCAGCUCUCACAAACCUUGCAUGGGCCCGCCUUCAAGGGUAUAUCCGCAAGGAUCUUCAAGGCAUUUACAUUACUACCACUUUGUUAUGCGAUGCCCUUGCACUGCGUCCGCGAGGCCACCCCGACCGUCCAGCUUCUCUUUAUUAUCUCGCCGAAGCAUUGAUUUGGCGCUACAGCUAUCAUUCUAUCACCCUAUGUCCUCCGGAAAAUCAAAACAAUCCCAGCGCCGUCAACAAGCUUGCAAAGGCAGUAAAAGCACGCUUUCGACAAUGCGGCUUUGAUGAUCUAGAUCGGAACGUACAACUUGGUCGUGAAGUUGUUUCUAUGGGCCCCGAGGGAAAUCCCAACCGUGUUACCUACUUGAUUAACUUGACCGUAUCCCUCCGUAGCUGCUUCGAUUACCAAGGGGGAUCUCACGAUCUCGACGAGGCCAUCUCUCUCUAUGAAGAAGCGUUGCCUCUACGCCCUGUUGGGCACGAAUAUCAUAAUGCGUCAUCGGACGGCCUGGAGCGUGCCCUCCUCAUCCGUUUCAAUGAAUGCUAUAACAUUAAUGACAUAAACAGAGCUGCCAGCCUCUUUCGCAAAGCACUGGCGUCAUGCUCACCUAGGCGCUCAAAUCGUGACACCAAGCUCAACAACCUUGCUGCCGCGCUCAUAACUAGACAUGAUAAAUUACAUGCCAGAGAGGGCCUUGAUGAGGUCAUUGAUCUGUGCCGCAAAUCGCUUCUGUUGCUACAGCAGGACGAUCAUCCGGAGCGCCACAGAAAUCUAUUCGAUUUGAGCAUGGCACUCUGCUCUCGUUUCGCACAAACACGGAAGAGAAAAGAUGUCGAGGAGGCCAUUGGUCUUUGCCAAGAUUCAUUGGUGGCUUUAAUCGCCAUUGAUAGUGCUCAAUCCCUACCCAUGAAUGCAACACCAUGCGCUAUUCGUCGUAAUGAUCUGUAA